AUGAACCGACUGUCUAUAACAGCUAUUUUAGUAAUAAAAGCAGUCUUUGUUGGCGCAGACGACGCGAAGGAAGCGGAUCUGACCACAGUCUGCCAUGCAGCCCUUUACUUAGCAGCACUAGAAGAACAGCUGGCGACAGAAGUAGAGGCCGCGAAAACAGAUGUAAUUGACCUGGAUAAGCAACGGCGCCGACUAACUUUGGCGGCAGCUAUAGGCGCCGGUACCGAUGACGGCUGUUUGUUAGCGGCCGCAGCGGCGGCGGCGGCACAACACACCAAAGCAGCAGCCGAAACGAUAAAUACUGCAAUAAAAAACAAAGCGGAGGGACUAAGACACCUAGCUCAAUUCACCAAAACAGCGGAAGCGGCCGUGAAACUUGCAAACACAGAAUUCGAAAUCGGCAACAGCGCCCACAAAAAAGCGAGUGGCACGACAACGGAACACAAGUUAACACCUAAGAUAAAAUCGACAAAUCUAUGCGAAGUCAAAAAGACCCAAAACAAGUGGCAAACAGAAAGCAAAGAAAUCAAGCCGAAGCUUGUAGAGAAAUUUAUCACGGUCGACACAACCAAACUACUGGACAAUAUAAACCCAUCAAUCAUAACAGUCACAUACAAUAGCGGGUGUACCGGCAGCACCAGCUGGACGAGCUGGACCGGCGCAAAGACCAGCUGCGCGAUCGACGAUAUAACCAAUGUCGCCAACGGCCCAACGGCCAAGCCGGCAGAAGCACCCGACGCAACGGCGGGCACGCCUAAAAAAAUCAAGAUAUACAAAGAUAACAAACCUGAGCAAGGGUGCGAGCCGCUGGCCACAAACGGCGGCAAAGAUGAUGACCAGAAAACGAGCCUUUACAAAAUUUGCACAGCACUAACAACCCAAAUAAAAAUUCCAACACCUCUAGACCUCACAGGGGCGGCUCUAUCAGAAAUUCCCAUAGUCAAACAAGUGGCAAAAGGGUGCCUCCGGCAAUACAAAGACAAAACGGAAAUGAAGCCAGCAGAUGAGGAGAACAUGACAACAUUCCUGAAAGACGCUUAUACUGAUUCCACAACCAAAUUUGAAGCAAAGUUCAAAAAACUACUCGCGGAUACAAAAAUGCUAGUCUACAGGGGCGGCAAGGUACAGCCCGUUACAAUCGACACUAUCAUCGACGACACCGAAGAGCACGAUGCAUUAUCCAGACUUCGAACAAUUCGGGCCGCAUCAGCACAAGCAUCGGACAAGAGUGUUAACACGACAAGCCAAAAAGAAUUAGGUAAAGACGCAGGAGAUAAAAAAGACGGGGAUAAAAAAGACGAGGAGUGCAAAGGUAAAUUGGAGACUAAUUGUGACACGACAAAAUGCACUUGGAACAAGGAAGAGAAUGAAUGUAAAGUUAAAAAGGGCGCGGCUGUUAUUUCAGCUGUAAUAAAAGCACCUCUUUUGCCUGCAUUUUUGCUUUUCUAA